UCAGCUUGUGCUGCUCCCGGCGCCUCCAUCCCUGGAAGCCGGUGCGAGCGGGACACAGGCAGGGCUGACACCGCCCCGACCCCGAGCAGCCCGGCGAUCCCCGCUGCGGGGAAGCCACGCCCCCAGCCCCGCCCUGCCCCGCCCCGCCCCUCCGCCCGGGGCUGCGUGUGCGUGCGGGGAGAUCGCGGGGACAGCGGCUGGGAUGUCUCCGACCCCGGGGAAGGGACCGGGCUGCAGCGAGGGGCUGGAGGGCAGCCGGCAGCAGGCAAGACCCAGUAUCCCAGCCAAGGCACCAGGCACUAGAAAGCCCGGCCUCCCACCCCACGUCUGUGCUCUUGUGAGAUAAGAUUGCCAAAGAGGCCCCCUCCAGAGCUGGAGAGUCUGCAUCCAGCUGAGGUUGCAUGGAGAAGCACUCCAUGGCGCAACAGCACCCUUUGGAGCUCAAGGGAGAGACAAUGGUGCCUCCCCCCGUCUCAGCCCAGGUUAUGGCUCUGCUGUUACUACCCUUGCUCCUGGCACUGCCCACCCGCGCCCGCCCUGUGCCCACCCCAGCAGAUGAGAGCGGGGAGCUCGUGGAUUGGCUGAUGCAGUACGGCUAUCUCCCGCCCACGGACCCUGUUACUGGCCAGCUCCAGACCUGGGAGGCCGUGACCAGCGCCAUCCUCACAAUGCAGCGGUUUGCUGGCAUCGCCGAGACGGGGAUCCCAGAUGAUGCCACACUAGCGCUGAUCCAGAUGCCUCGCUGCUCGUUGCCGGACAUCCUCCCCAACCGCCCUGCCAAGCUGUCCGCAGGGCAACAUGCGAAGAGGCAGCAGAGGAAGAGUCGAGGGAGGCGGAGCGCAGGCCUAGCCUGGACCAAAAGGAACAUCUCCUGGAGGGUGAAGACAUAUCCGCGGGGGGCCCGCCUCAGCCGGGAGACCAUGCGAGUGCUGAUAUACUACGCACUGCGAGUCUGGGGUGAGGCUGCCCCCCUCACCUUCCACGAGGUGGGAGGUCACAGCGCUGACAUCUCAGUGGAGUUCCUGCAGCGGGAGCAUGGGGAUGGGUCCCCCUUUGAUGGCCCGGGGGGCAUGGUGGCACAUGCCUUCUUCCCUGGCGACCCCCAGCGUGCUGGCAAUGUCCACUUCGACAGCGAAGAGGACUGGACCUUCCGUGCCCCAGCAGAUGACUAUGGGAUGGACCUCUUUGCUGUGGCAGUACACGAGUUUGGCCACAGCCUGGGCCUGACGCACUCCCCCUCCAAGCGCUCCAUCAUGCGUCCCUACUAUCAGGGGCCCGUGGGUGACCCCCUGCAGUACCAGCUGCUGGCAGAUGACCGGCUGGACAUCCAGAGGCUCUAUGGAAGCCGAGCCCUGCACUCCACAGAGAGGCCUGAGGUGUCGUCCCUGCUCCCAGCCCUGUCUGCUCUGCCCCGCAACUUCCCUGCCUUGAGGUCGGGGGACCUCCCAGACCGCUGCUCUUCCAGCAUCGAUGCCGUCACGCAGAUCCGUGGGGAAACCUUCUUCUUCAAAGGUUCAUACUUCUGGCGCCUGACCCAAGGCCAGCACCUCACCUCCCUGCGCCCUGCCCUGAUCGCAGGCUUCUGGCGGGGCCUCCCUAGCCACCUGGACAAAGUGGAUGCUGUGUACGAGAGGCCCACGGACUAUCGCAUCCUCUUCUUCAGUGGACCCUUGUACUGGGUGUUCAAGGACAAUAGUGUGGAAGAGGGGUACCCACGCCCUGUCACAGACUUUGGGCUGCCCAGGACAGGAGUGGAUGGUGCCUUCUCUUGGUCUCACGACCAGAAAACCUACUUCUUCAAGGACGGGCUGCACUGGCGCUAUGACGAGGCUGCUGGCCACAUGGACAAGGGCUUCCCCACCCAGGACACUCCCUGGGGGCCCAUGCCCAGCCCUGUGGAUGACGUGCUGAGUGGGAACAACGGAGAGGUGUAUGCCUUCAAGGGCCGGCAGUACUGGAAGUUUGACCAGCGCAGCCUCAAGCCAGAGGGGAGUUACCCUCGCUCCAUAGCCAAGGACUGGCUGGACUGCGCGGAGGAGCCAUACCCGCCUCUGAGUGCCCCUACCAGCCCUAUGACAGGAGCCGGAUCCCGGCCAGAUGUGCAGGCCCCUCUGCCAGAGGCAGAGCACUGUGUGUGUUACAGCACAUCCAUUUGUGCCGGGCCUGGCUGGACCCUUAUCAUCCUUCUGUUGCUCCAGGGACUUGUCUAGGCUGGAGCUGCUCCCACUCUCUCUGUGCAGCCACUACUCUGUACAUCUGAAUUAUGCCCAGCUAGGAUGUUGAUGAGGGGAUCCCUUGGGAGGGCAUCAUACCCCCUGGAGCCAGGCCUGCAUGGCUUUGCUUGCAGGGUACAUGGGCCCCAGGGCAGGCAGGGCCCUGCAUGUCAGGGACUGUUGCUUCAAGUGAGACAAUGCCUGGGGCCAGCGGGAAGGGAAGUGUCAGCAGGAGCUGCCCAGUCAUGCUCAGCCUCUGUGCAGAGGGUUGACUCAGCGGGGAGCUAGUCCACCCUGUCCUGGUAGCAUGGCCCUGCAGAGACCCAGGAGAGCAGGACAAGUGUGGGAAGGUCUCUCAGGACCCCUCAGGCAGGCCCUAGCUUCCUGUUCCCCAGGCCUCAUCCUCCCGCAACUCCCUGUCACACCACCUUCCUCCUCUCUGUCCUCUCCUAGUCCCAGGGUUGAGGGCAAGUUGCCUUCUUAGCUGCCAUUUCUGCUUGGUGCUGGGGAGCUGGCACCCUUCCCUUCCUGCCCUUCCCUUUGCCAGAGCCAGAGCAAGCUCUGGGGUAUCCCCUCUCCUGGGUCUG